UCGUAGCUGUCAGACACUUUCAGCUUCUGCAACUCAUCUACCCCGAAAGGCAACACUCCCCAUUUCCACAUUUCUCUCUUCUGAAAAUGCCCUUCUUCUUCUUCUUCUUCCUUCUCCUCCUAUCCUACGCACCCCUCCACUCAUCCUACACCCCACCUCCCUUCAACCUCCACCGUCGAUUCCUCCACCAACCCUUCUUCCCUCUCGACUCGCUCCCCCCCUCCCAACCCCCUUCUCUCUCUCCCCCACAACCCAAAUUUCCUUUUUCCACAAAUGCCCCUCCCUUCUUCCCAUUCUACCCCUCCCCACCUCCACCUCCUCCCACCCCUUCUCUCGUCACCUUUCCCGCCAAUAUAUCUUCCAUCAUCUUCCCAAAUAGCUCCUCUCAAAAACCCAAAUCUCCAAAGAUUGCCAUUGCCGUCGCCCUUCCCCUCCUCUUCGCUGCUCUCCUCGCCGCCCUCGCCAUCUUCUUCUUCUACCGCAGGCGUCGGAACAUAGCCAAGAAGAGCUCGAGAUCAGACAGCCACCGUCUCUUCCCUGCGAAUGCUGCGCCAUCCGACGGCCCCAAGGCCGACGAUUCGCCCGGCGUCCCGCCCUCCAGCUCUGAGUUUCUCUACCUGGGCACUUUGGUAAAUUCACGUGGGCCUGAUGGGGAGGGCGGCUCAUGCCCUGCCGCUGCCAGGAGUUCGCCGUACCAGAAGUUAGGCUCGCCAGAGCUCCGCCCGCUUCCUCCGCUUACCCAGCAAUUUCGGCAGAAUUACAGGAAUACCGCUGAACUGGGCUCGGAAGAAGAGCAGGAAGAUGAGGAUUUUUACUCUCCAAGAGGCUCUUCAGGCGAAAAAGAGAGCUAUGCUGGUACUGGAUCGAGCUCGAGGAGAGUGCUUCCAGCAGCUGCGGAGAAGUAUGGGAGCCGGAGCACGAAUUCAAGUACUCUGUCGUACCCAUAUUCAAAUUCGACCUCCCCGACUCUGUCAUCCCACUCAAACAGCCCUUUCCGCUCGGAAAGAACUAAAGCCAAAUCUCCGGAUUCGGGACUGAAUGGCAUAACCUUUGCACCGCCACCGCCACGGCCCAUGACUCCAUCUCCUCCAAAGAGAAAACCACCUUCACCGUCUCCACCUUCCUCUCCCCCAGAGGAAUAUCUGGAAAGAAACCCAAUUUCCGCCUGUCCUCCUGUGCAAAUUGGGGGAUUUUCUGGUUACACAUUUUCGAAUAUUCCUCCGCCCCCACCACCGCCUCCACCGCCAGCAGGUUUUUGGGAGACGACAAUUCCUCCUCUCCCACCGAGUCGUGAUCCUCCUUCUAGGCCUCCUCUUCUUGUUACUUCUUCAAGAACUGUGGAAAUGGAGAAUCCAAUGCUGGUUUCUCCAGCUGCAUUGACAGGAAAUUCAUAUUCUGUAGAUAGAAAUGAGGAUACCCCAAAACCAAAGUUGAAGCCAUUGCAUUGGGAUAAGGUCAGGGCCAGCUCUGAUCGGGUGAUGGUGUGGGAUCAGCUGAAAUCAAGCUCUUUCCAAUUGAAUGAGGAGAUGAUCGAGACACUGUUCGUCUGCAAUGCUACGAAUUCUACUCCGAAGGAGAUGACUAGACGGUUGGUUCUUCCUUCACCCAAUCAAGAGAAUAGGGUGCUCGAUCCAAAGAAGUCUCAGAACAUUGCGAUUCUGUUGAGGGCACUGAAUGUGACUAAAGAGGAAGUCUGCGAGGCCCUUCUAGAAGGUAACAGUGGCAGCUUGGGCACAGAGCUUUUGGAAACUCUGUUGAAAAUGGCUCCAACAAUAGAGGAAGAACUCAAACUAAAGGAGUACAAAGAUGACUCACCCUUCAAGCUCGGCCCUGCCGAGAAAUUCCUUAAGGCAGUUGUUGAUGUCCCAUUCGCAUUUAAGAGGGUGGAUGCAAUGCUUUACAUAGCCAAUUUUGACUCAGAGGUUAAGUACCUCAGAAAUUCAUUUGAAACUCUAGAGGCAGCCUGUGAAGAACUCAGGAGUAGCAGGAUGUUUCUGAAACUCUUAGAAGCCGUGCUCAAGACUGGAAACCGAAUGAAUGUUGGAACAAACCGCGGUGAUGCACGUGCCUUCAAGCUCGACACUCUGCUCAAGCUUGUCGAUGUCAAAGGCACUGACGGGAAGACCACCCUCUUGCAUUUUGUUGUCCAAGAGAUCAUAAGAUCUGAAGGCUCCCGUCUUUCCAUCGCCAAUCAUGUUCAACCCACAGGAAAAGCACAGCCUGCCUUGUGGGAUGAUGCAGAGGUCAGGAAGCUUGGCCUCCAAGUCGUCUCUGGUCUCAGUGGCGAGCUCACAAAUGUGAAGAAGGCCGCUGCCAUGGACUCGGAUGUGCUCAGCAGCUAUGUUUCGAAACUUGCUGCAGGGAUUGGGAAAAUCACUGAGGUUGUAAGGUUGAAUGAUGCGGUGAGUUCACAUGAGAGCAGCCAGGAAUUCUCCCACUCAAUGAACGAGUUCUUGAAGAAGGCUGAAGAAGAGAUUAUAAAGAUUCAAGCACAAGAGAGCGUGGCCCUUUCUCUUGUGAAGGAGAUAACCGAAUAUUUCCAUGGCAAUUCAAGUAAGGAAGAAGCUCACCCAUUUAGGAUUUUCAUGGUGAUGAGAGACUUUCUUUCCAUCCUCGAUAGGGUCUGCAAAGAAGUUGGGAGAAUCAACGAGCGUACGAUCAUCAGCUCGGACCGUCAGUUCCCAGUGCCUGUGAAUCCGACGCUACAACCGUUUUUUCCUAUACUCCACGCACUGCAGCCGGACAGUUCCGAAGAAGACAAUGAUGAUAGUUCAUUAUCGCCUUGAUGUCGUUGGGGCCACUUUCUUAUCAACAGCCUUCUUUUUUUCUUUUUCCUUUUUUUUUUUUUUUUUACAGCCAAAGCGGGGACUGGAACGACUUACUGAUCAUGGAUGAAUCCAGGUGGGCCAUAUGUUGUUAACUUCAAUGUCGCUUUUUGUACGUACGGAAAUCCAUGUAAAAGAUUUUGGAAUUGUAAUAUUGUAUUCCGGCUAGACAUA